GGAGAAACCCUUUGAAUGCCUGCAGUGUGGAGAAUGUUCAGCUGUCAUCAAGGUGCCGCUUUACAUCACCAACUUCCCACAGGGGAAAACCCAUUUGAGUGCCUUGAGUGUGGGAAGGGGUUCAGUGGAAAAAGAGCCCUUGAUUUACAUGAAUGGAUUCACACUGGGGAGAAACCCUUUGAAUGCGAGGAGUGUGGAAAGACAUUUCAAUUGAAGGGUGGAUUGACGGCUCAUCAAAGAGUCCACACAGCAGAGAAACCGUAUAAAUGCCAGGAGUGUGACAAAUGCUUCACUCAGCGCUCACAUCUCGCUUGUCAUCAUAGAAUUCACAUGGGAGAGAAACCAUUUGAAUGCCGGGGGUGUGGAAAGAGCUUCACUCAGUACCCACAUCUCGCUUGCCAUCAGAAAAUUCACACUGGGGAGAAACCAUAUGAAUGUCUUGACUGUGGAAAGAGCUUUGCGGCAAAAGGAGCCCUUGAACUUCAUAAAAGGAUCCACACAGAGGAGAAACCAUUUAAAUGCUCAGAGUGUGGAAAGGGCUUCAGUGUGAAAGGGCAGCUCACUAUUCAUGAACAAACCCACACAGGGGAGAAACCUUUCAAGUGUAUGGAGUGUGGCAAGCGCUUCAAUCACAGCUCCGGCCUUGCUUUCCAUCAUGGAAUUCACACCAGGGAGAAACCAUUUGAAUGCCAGAAGUGUGGAAAGAUCUUUCGAUUGAAGAUACUAUGGACUACUCAUCAAGAAAUUCACACAGGAGAGAAACCCUAUAAAUGCUUGAAGAGUGGCAAAACCUUUAGUCAUCUUGCAAUUCUUGCUAGCCAUCACAGAAUUCACGCAGGGGAGAAACCAUAUGAAUGUCUUGAAUGUGGAAAGAGCUUCGGGAUAAAAGGAGCCCUUGAUGCACAUAAAAGGGUUCACACAGGAGAGAAACCCUAUAAAUGCUUGGAGUGUGGAAAGGGGUUCAGUGGGAAAGGGCAACUGACCACUCAUGAACGAAUCCACACAGGGGAGAAACCCUAUAUAUGCUUGGAGUGUGGGAAGGGGUUCAGUGGGAAAGGGCAGCUCACCAUUCAUGAACGAACCCACACAGGGGAGAAACCAUUCAAGUGUAUGGAGUGUGGCAAGUGCUUCAGUCAGAGCUCAGGCCUUGCUUGCCAUCAUACAAUUCACACAGGGGAGAAACUGUUUGAAUGCCAGGAGUGUGGAAAGAGCUUCACUCAGUACCCACAUCUCGCUCGCCAUCUGAGAAUUCACACUGGGGAGAAACCGUUUGAAUGCCAGGAAUGUGGACAGAGCUUCACUCAGUACCCACAUCUCGCUCGCCAUCUGAGAAUUCACACUGGGGAGAAACCGUUUGAAUGCCAGGAGUGUGGAAAGGGCUUCACUCAGUACCAAAAUCUCGCUCGCCAUCGGAGAAUUCACACUGGGGAGAAACCGUUUGAAUGCCAGGAGUGUGGAAAGAGCUUCACUCAGUACCAAAAUCUCACUCGCCAUCGGAGAACUCACUCUGGGGAGAAACCAUAUGAAUGUCUUGAUUGUGGAAAGAGCUUCAGUACAAAAGGAGCCCUUGAUGUUCAUGAAAGGAUUCACACAGAGGAGAAACCCUAUAAAUGCUUGGAGUGUGGAAAGGGGUUCAGUGGGAAAAGGCAACUCACCACUCAUGAAAGAAUCCACACAGGGGAGAAACCAUUCAAGUGUAUGGAGUGUGGCAAGUGCUUCAGUCAGAGCUCAGGCCUUGCUUGCCAUCAAAGAAUUCACACGGGGGAGAAACCUUUGGAAUGUCAUGAGUGUGGAAAGACCUUUCGAUUGAAGGGUGGAUUGACUGCUCAUCAAAGAGUCCAUACAGGAGAGAAACCCUAUAAAUGCUUGGAGUGUGGCAAGUGCUUCACUUGGCGCUCAGGUCUCACUUGUCAUCAGAGAAUUCACACAGGGGAGAAACCACAUGGAUGUCUUGAGUGUGGAAAGAGUUUCGAGGGAAAAGGAGAUCUCAUUGUACAUAAAAGCAAGCAUCAGUUGAACAGUGGAGCAGAGUGGCCACCUGAAGGGUCUAUCGAUUUUCAGACUCCUUUCAGCACAGUUGCAACUUUACUAUCAACAUACCAGUUAACAGCUUGAGCUCCUGUGCAAGCAUUUGCACAUUGACAGUAUGAACUUGCUGGGAGAGUGCAGACUGGUUUCCACUGGGGAGGACAGAAGAGAAGAGGGAGAGUAGAACUCACUCUCUUCCCUCCGAAAGCCAGCAGCGCAGCGUGAGUAUGGGUUUGGCGGGGGGAGAAGCUCUGGGGAUUCCGUCACCGUGUCUGGGUGCAAUAAUGUCUUUCGUGGCCAGGAGGGCAUGCAUGGGCAGCUGAAUCCUAGCCCAAUGGGAGGCUCAUGGCUGCUCCCCAGCACAGGGCAACUAAGCAUGGAAGUGCGAACAGGGAGGGAGGGGGCUGGAGCUGGUCCUCUCCAGCACCGGACUCGGCAGGCAUUUCUUCCCGUCCCGCUGCGGCAAUGGCUAGCUGGCCGGCAUCGCUCCUUCUCCGAGCGCAGAGGGGCCAUGCUGGCUGCCCGGCAAGGCCAAAGCAGCCGUGCCUGAUUGCCUGCCUGCCUGCGGUGUGUGAAGCUGCGGCCACUGGUGGUUGCUGCCCACGGCUUGCAGUGGCACAAGGGAAGGGGGGCUGCUGGCUCACGUCAGCCGACUGGCCUGAGACUGGACCGCCUGGAGACCAUGGAUGCAGUGGGAGGAGCGCGCCCAGGUGCCCCUUGCCACACAGAGCAGAGAGAUCUGAGGAAGUGCCUACGUGGGAAUGUUGCUCCAGGCUGGGAAAGGCUCCGAAAACCACAGGGAGACCAGGGGACCGUGGAACUCGUGGAGAACCUGAAGUUCCUGCUCAAACGCCAACCCUGCAAGGGAGGACCAGCAGCGUAACAGACCAGGAUGAGAAGAAGCUGACAUCAGGGUCAGCCAAGGGCCCGCAACUGGAGGGGACAAGGGAGAAGAGCCCCGAAGAAAAGCAGCCUAUCGGGGACCAGGAUCGGGUUCUGGCUUGAAGACUUGGAUCAAAGAGACUAGCAGUUGCCUAAUGCUAAGUAGCCUAGAUGAUGAUGCGGAAGGAAAGAGGGGGAGUUGCUUGCAGUUGUUACUCUGGCUGUCUCUGUGUACUAAUUUUGUUACUCCCUUCUAUACUAUAUGUCCUUGUAAGAAGGAAACAGUGGAUUUCCUAAUUUCUCUGUUUUCCAUUUUAGAAUACUGCCUCGUUGUGUAAUAGAAUGUUUAUGCUUUAGUA